UAAAACAGCAUAUUUUAAAAUCGGUAAUAGUGAAGUAAGGGACGUCACUCUAUAAAACAAAAUUUCCCGGUUUUCCCAAAAAAUGACUCCAUAAUGUAUAAUGUUGUUGUGUGACCUAAUUAAAAUUCCGAUUUAUGUCAUUGGUAAUGAAAAUCAUCUUACAAAGUUAGUGGUCAAACAUCCAAAGAUGUGACGAGUGCAAAGGAGUACGUAAUGAACCACGUCCACACUAUAUUAUUUCGUUAACACUAACAGGUGUGUCACAAACACACCCACACGAAGCACACGAUUUGCUUUGUUAUUUUCUUAAAAUCGGAUUAAAAAGUACAAUCACUAUCGUACAACAUUAUAAUCUAUAGAUAAGUUCAUAAAAUAGUGCGUGAAAUAAAAAAAGGGUGUGAAGCCAAAAAUGUGUGUUGUGAUUUAAUUUUUGGAUUAAGAGAAACUAAAGAAACGUUAUAGCCCACACUUAAUGUGUGGUCAUGUGGAUAAAAACAUCUCAAAGAAGAAAUACACAGGAAAAACAAGGAAGACAGGACGCCUUGAUAAAGACAUUUUUGUUUUGUAAGUUACAUACUUCAAAGACUUAUAUGUACCAGUCUCUAGUUUGGGAUCCUUGGCAUUUAAAUUCAUGUUGCUGCUUGCAUAUGUAUGGCACUGACUUUUAUCAGAAAAAUGGUUUAUUGAUGGAUAGACUUCUUGAUAAAAACAGGUUGAAUAUCAAAAAGUACAAUGUAUGAAGAUGAAUGGAAUGUUAUGGAGAAAUGUAGAAAAAAAUUAUGAUGACAGAUAAGGAUGAAGAUAUAGAUAUAAUUGACCCUUCAGAAGGUCAUCAUAAUCUGGAUUCUCCACCAACUUUUGUGAUAAAAUCAGGAACAGAAGAAAAUCCGCAAGCCUCGCAUCAUGCCUUGUUUCAAGCGUAUGAGGAUAUGAAAAGACGUCAUCAACAAGUAAAAUCACAGAAUGAUAUUUUACAACAAACAAUCAGAGACAUGGAGUAUUCAAGACAAAGUACAAGAAAUAAUUCAAAUAUGUUUGGUGCAGCUGGACCUGUAGGUGCUUCACCGGGGGCCGAUCAAGAUGACCAAAUGGCCCAGGUCAAAGCACAGAUUGGUUAUGCAGAGAGUGUUCAAAGACAACUAAUGAGGGCACAGGCCAAAAUAAUUACAUUAGAAAAUGAAAAUAAAGAUUUAAAAAAUAAGUUGCAAAGUUUGAUAUAUAAUAAAAAUAAUACUGGACAAAGUAACUUAAUUGAAUCGUCACAACUUCUUCAAAAGAAUACUGAACUGAAUGCAAAAAAUAUUCAAUUAUCAGAAAAAAUAAAUACUUUAAAUCGAGACAUAUUAACUUUUAAGCAACUAUUGCAAGAAAGGGAUAUACAGCUCCAGCAACUAGAGAAGCAGAAAGAUCCUAAUAUUAUGACUGAACCAUUUACAAGAAAAAUUCAAGAAUUGAAGACUGAAAUGCGUGAGAAAGAUGAGCAUAUAUCUGCUUUAAUGGAAAGAUUAAAAACUGUUUCCAAGGGAUAUGAACAAAAAAUAAUGACAAUCAGUGAUAGAGAAUGGCCUGAAUCUGGUUAUAAUACACGUAUGAAUGAAGAUCAGACUUUAUUGACUGUUGAAGAAAGUAAACAAAUUUUGUUUGAAAUUGAUAAACACAAGAAGACGUUAAAGCAAUUUUUACAGCAAUUAAAGAUACAAACCGAAACAAUACAAAAACAAGGGCAUAUAAUUCAAGAUCUUAAAAGGCGUGCAGUUUCAUCAAACAAUGUAAGGGUACCAGCAGAUGGAACUUCUGCCACAGUGUGCAGGGAUCCAGCUUCAUCAUGGCCUUCUACUUCAUUUGUUCAUAGUUCCCCUUCAAAAUAUGGGGAUAAUUCUGUACAGUUUAUAACAGGUUCUGGUGCCCGACCAAAAGAUUCCACUUUUGCUAUAAAUAAUUCUAGAAUAUUUAACGAAGCUGUGGUUUCAAAGGCAAACUCAUCACCUGUUCUUUCACCAUCAGAUGAUGGUAAUAAUACAAUAAGUCAAGGUGAUACAUUGUUUGGACAAGGUCGUUCUGGUGUUAAUAAUGAUUUUUCAAAGUCGUAUAAUUACCCAGUGUCUGUUGAUAAUUCAAGUAGAAAUUAUAUGCCUUCUGAAGUUGGCAGUAAAUUUUCACCAUCUAUUUUAGUAUCACGACAAAUUACGGAUAACUCCCAAAGUGUAUAUACACCAGCUAAUGAUGUAGGUGUGAAAGAAUCAACUGCUGUGAUAGAAUCAAGUCAUGUGACUGAUGCUAAUAGACCAAAAUUGACUGCACAGGUAUGUCCUGUAUGCAGUCGUCAAUUUCCUAAUAUGCCUAUGGAAGACUUUCAGCAACAUGUGUUUGAAUGUAUUGAUGAUGGAGACGAUGAUCCACCACAAACUCUUCAGAAUCCUACUGUAGGAGAGGAUUCAAAUGGUGUAGAUAGAAUAUGUCCUAUGUGUAAUAAAUCAUUCGCAAAUACACUGCCACUAGCAGACUUUGAAAAACAUGUUCAAGAUCAUUUUAACGAAGAGUCUAUUGUUGAUAGAUUUGAAGUACUUCAUCCCUAGUCUAUUGACAAAACUUACUGUAUGGGAUAGAAACUAGUAGGAAAAUAGUAAUUACCAUUUAUUUGUUUUUAUAUUUGUACCUUGAAAAUAUUAUAAUUUAAUAGUAAGAUUGUUAGCAGUCUCCAACAGUAUACAAUUUUUAAGAACUUGACAAAAUUUUAUUAUGUUGUGGACAGAUGUACAUUAAAUUCUUAAUUUUUUGCAGAUCAAAUACUUACAUUGUAAUUUAGAUAAGGAAAGACCAUAGACUAUGUUUUUUUUGGUGUCAAAAACUUGAAUUAGAAAAUGAACACUUUAGAUCAAUUACAUUUUUCUAUAAGCCAAUCCAAAAUUGAAACUCUUUAAACAAAAGUAAGUACAUAUAUAUAGAAUGUUUUAUCAUUUGAUUUAAUUUCUAUCCCAUAUUGCUAAGAAUGCAUAGUUAACUAGUCAGUUCUUAGAACUUAAAUCAGGCAGCUAUUCUUAAUAGAUUUGUAUUAUAAACAUGUAUUGUAUAUAAUGUUUAUAAAUUGUAUGCUAAGUGUGAUUUUAGAUGCAUAAUACCAAUGUAUAUAAGAAGUUGGGAUGAAUUAUAAUAAUUUGUAUGCAAGGUUUUAAAUUGUAAAUUUAUGAUUGCUUUUUGAGGAAUGGUGAUUUUAUUAGAAACAGAUUAUUUAAAUCAAUCAUUUCAGUACAAGUUUCACUUCAUUUAUUUUCAUUAUGUUACUAAAACAUCUUUUUAAAGAGAUUUAAGGCAUUUCUUAGUUCAAUACUUACACAGUUAAUAUUACUUGAAAUUUGCUGACCAGAAGUUUUGUAAUCCACACAACAUAUUUUAAUUUGUAUUGUACAGCUGUCUAAUUUUACAUUAAACAUUCAUUCCAUAAGUUGUUGAAGUUUCACCAUUUUUUACAGUGCAACUUCUGUAAAAGAAUAUGCAAUUUCAAUAUAUAGUCAUAUACACAUAUGAGGGCUUAUUAAAAAUCAAAGAAGUAUCCUGUUAACUCAGCAUAUAUUAUAUCACAUUUCUUUUGCAAGUCUCUGUGGUGCUUGAUAUAUUUACUCCAAAUAAAGCCUAUAUUCAGGGAAGUGCUUUUGGUACAUUUUAUUAUUUCAUAUUAUUGCCUUUCAUAUCGUGUGAAAUAUUUGUGAAAAAUAACUUCCUAGGAGUCUCCAUCAGGAAUUCAUUUAAUAAAGAUGGUAUGUGUGAAAAGUUUUAUGUUAUAACCAUAGUUGAUUCUAUAGUAUUUUUUGACAAGAGAAGUAAUGCAUUGAUCUGGUUUGACAAACUGGUUGACUGCUACAUGCUUCCUAAUGAAUACAGAUUAUUCAAAGAUUUAUAAUUUUGGAACCACUUAUGUAAUAUUAUAAUGAAAAUAAAUCCUAAAGUAUUCAUACAUUUACACAAUUUACAUUCUGGACUGGUAUUGCAUGCUACAACAUGCUUACUUCAAUGAGUUUGCUAUAGUAGUAAAUCAGUUUGUCCAACCAGUGCAGUUACUUCCCCUGUUGUAACAACGUAAUUGCAGCUUAUGUUAUAUGAAAUGGACUAUUUUCAAAUCUCAUUUUCUUUGUUUUAAAGUAUAGACAUUGUGAAUGUAGAUAUAACAUAUAGAUUUACCCUUUUCUGUUUGUAUCUAUUUAUGGACGUUUCUUCAUCAUGUUCAUGAAAAGGGCCAUUCUAAGAAACUAUUAAAUAAUACUUUUUUAAAAUGAUAAUUAAGUAUUGUAAUCUUCUGUAUUGUUCAGUAUAAAUUACCAAAAUUUAGAUCUCAUUUUUAUUGUACAACUGUGUCUUUAAUUGAAAUAGGUUUAUGAUAUUAAAUUCAUCGUAAAAUAUCACAAUUUUGCUUGCUUACAAAGUAAUAGGGUAAGCAGUUCUUUUUUGGCUCCUUUUUUUCAUAAAAUAGGAUAAAAAAUAGUGGUUAUGUCAAUGGAAAUUAUAAUGUGCAUAUACAAUUAGUAUCAUUUCAACAUAAAAUAUCUCAAAGAUGUAUUAUUUUUAACUAUGUAAAAUCCUGGUUACGAAUAAUGAAGGAAUAUAAAGAUUCAAAGUAGAUUUUUCUUCACAUUGACCAUGAGAAAAGUACAAAAUUCCAUUUAGCAUCAUAUAAAUUUAAGAUAAUAUUGGUGAAAAGCAGACCUCAGUGGCAAUCAAACCACAUCUACUCAUUUAUACUAAUGCAGAACCAGUGAGAUAAUAGACCAGAAUGAUAUGAAUAAAAGCGAGUGCAUGGGGAUAUGUCUAUAAGACAGCAACCAUACAAACAACAAACAAAAAGGGUACAGGUCCACAUAUGAUCCAACAUUUAUUUGAGAUCUAUCUUAUCAUUAAAUUCCCUAAUAGACAAAAAUAAGUUAUACUGGUAACUAAAAACAAUAACUAAUGACGUUCCUAACUAGGGAUAGGUACAUGAACAAGGUUAAAUUAGUUGAUUGAGAUCUUAACCCUCACUUUUUACUUAUGAUCAAUGGAAUAACGAGGAGAGGUGCAUUGAAGACUACACAAUAAUAAUGGUUGUUUGUUGUAAUCAUCAAACUGAUUCUCCAUUAUUCUCCUUUAUGCACUGUAUUUCCUCAAUAAUAAUACUGAUAUGAUAAAAAAUAUGUUGGCUUUCAAAAAAUGUUUGGAUGUGCUUAUCAGCUGUGUAUAUAAAAUGCAUACAGAAGAUAUUGUAUGAGAAGAUUAUAUUGCCUACUGAUCAGUUGUUAUUCACAAUUUACAUUUAAGAAAUAUAUAAGCUUUUUAGGACAAGUAAGACACUAUAAAGCAACUUAAUGAUGUCUUAUAAUACAUGAUAGCUACAAUUUUUCUAUUAAUAUACAAGCAUGGUGAUUUCUUAUAUUUGAACAAAUUUUCAUAUUAAAACAUAAGGUACACAGCAUCAACAUAACAGAGUGCUUAAGGUAGUAUCAAUAAAUUUUAAUAUCCUGCUCACAAAAAAACCCCUGUAAAUUCAGAUAAUUUUGUAAUGUAUUAUUUUUCAAUGAAAAUAAGAGAUGAGGGUUACACAACAGACUCAUGCUAAAACAAGAUAAAUAAUUUUUAUACGCCCGUUUACGGGACGUAUUAUGGUAUACCGUUGUCCGUCCGUCCGUCUGUCCGUCGUCAACAUGUCGGACAUUAACUCAAAAAUGCUUUAACCAAUUUGCAUAAAACUUUGGUGAAUUGUUUAUAUCUAUUGACGUGAGGUCCCUUUUGUUUUUUAUAAAAUUUAGAUUUUACGUUUCUGAGUAAUGGGGUUUUAUUCAUUAAAAAAAGGGGGAUUUUCCAGUUUUCGGACAAUAAAUCAAGAAUGCUUUCAGCAAUUCUUAUGAAACUUUGGUGAAUUGUUUGUAUGUAUUGGUAUUAGCUCCCUUUAAAAUUUUUAAAUUUUACAUUUUACAUUUCUGAGUUAUGGGGUUUUAUUCAUUAAAAAAAAGGGUGAUUUUUCAGUUUUCGGACAAUAACUCAUAAUGCUGUCACCAAUUCUCAUGAAACUUUGGUGAAUUGUUUAUAUCUAUUGAUGUAAGCUCCCUUUUUAUUUUCAUUAAUUUCUAAUAUGACAUUGAGAAUUAAUUGAACUUUAUUUGUUAAUAGUCUGACAACAGAUUUACUAAGUAUUGCACAACAGCAAGAAAUCUUUAAUUGAAUAUAAAUUCAAUUCAUAUAACCAAUUUCAAGUUCUUUGACUACAUUUAUUCAGAAACCUAUAAUAUGUCAAAUAUUUAAUCACAAUCCUAAUUCAGACCUGAAUCAAGCUUGAAUAUUGUGUCCAUUUUUGCCCCAACUGUUCAGGGUUGGACCUCUGCGGGCGUAUCUAGCUGCACUCAGCGAAGCAGUUUAUUUAUUUUUAGUUUCUAUUACAACUUUCUGCAUUUGAAUGACUAAUAUAUAAAUCUCCCAGUAUUUCCAGCUCUUGUUGAUUGGAAGUAGUAAUUUCUGAAUCUACAGUAUUUUUGUUGUGACUGUGAAUGGUUGUAUUAAAGUGACUAUGCAAUAUGUGUCAAAUGUGUGCAUUUUAUAGAGGAUUGAGUUUAUGUAUUAUAAGUUAUGGUAGUAAAGUUUAUUGUUCAUUUGUACAUAAUGUAAAUCAAUAAAUUAAUUGGUUUUUGAUUCAAAGAUAACAUUAUAUUGACCUGUUAGACAAUCACUGAAGGAAUUCUAUGAUGUUCAAGAUUCAUUUGAUGAAGAUUAUCAAUAAUCCUAUGUAUUUUGUUGAACUUGAUAAAGUUUCUUAAACAUAUAGUAUAUAGUAGCCUUAGUUCAUAAGUAGAAGUAUAUACAUUGGAACUUAUACUUCUUACCUGAUAACACAAUAUCCAAAUAAAAUUACAUGUACUUAUAAAAUAGAUAAUCUAAGAAUUUGAAUGUCAUUAAAUAUGCACCAAGUGAUCAAACCACACAUUAAUUCACUAAUGGGCAUAGUCCAUGGGUUAAUUACAGAUUCAGAUUCAAUAUUUUAAUAAAGUCUUACCACUUGUAUAACAUAAAACAUGUGUUUGGGCAUAGUCCAUGAGUUAAUUACAUGUGUUUGGGCAUAGUCCAUGAGUUAAUUACAUGUGUUUGGGCAUAGUCCAAGAGUUAAUUACAUGUGUUUGGGCAUAGUCCAUGUUGUUUGGUCAUGAAUUUGUAAUAUUUUUCGAUAUUUGAAUUCAUGAAUUAUUUGUUUGUUUUAAUUCAUUGACCUUUAAUGUAAAUAGAAAGUAGAAAAUGCACAAAGCUAAUUCUCACUUCAUUUUGAUGAAACAAAGCAUUCUCACUUCAUUUUGAUGAAAUUUCGUUGACAAAGUCUUAACAACGCCUAUUAUUGAAUGACGUCUCUCUUCCUAACAACACCUAUUAUUGAAUGAGGUCAUAAUGUUUUUAUUUUAUGUGGAAAUAGAGGUAUUAUAUUGAAACUAAUGUAAUGAUAUUGCAUAAUUGAACUCUAAACGUGAUUAUUUUUUGGUGUACCUUUAACUUCAACAUAACAUAAGUCAAUGUUUUUAAGUAAAGGACACAUAUUAUUUAUUAAUAUAAAGCAAUGUAAAACAUCAAACAUUUGUCACAUUAAGAUACAAAACAUGUAUAACUUUUAUUCUGGGUCAAGUUAAUUUUUAACUUUUUUUAAUACGGUAGUUAUAUAGUAUUCAAGGGGAAAAGAAGUUUUAACCAAUUAAAUUUCAGGCUUAUCUGCAAAUUUGAUAAUACAUGUAUUAUUUUAAGUAGACACUAUGUUUGUAUCUGUAAUAUUAAACACUGCUAGUGCCUGGUAAAAUUUUAUUGAUGUUGUAGAAAUAAAAAAAUUAAAUAUCAAUAUACCAACAUUUGUUAAAGACAAUAUUAAUUAUCUCAGAUAAAACUUCUACAUAGUACUGUAAGAUAUAUAAAUUAUUAAUAUAUUUCAGUUUGGAAGUAUUUGUAUAAUGAAGGUUUUAGAGUUGAAAAGUUUAAUAUGAAACAUAUAUUCUGGAGAACUUUAUAACCAAAGGUUACUCUUAAACUGUAACUCUUAAACUGUAAACAAUAUAUUUUGUAUUUGUCUAAGAUAAGUACGGCCAGUAUUAAUAACUAUUGUUAAGAACUCUUGUACAGUAAUUUAAGCAGAAGUCUUUCACAUAUUUGAUUGUUUCUUUAUCAACAAAAUACAACUUUUUGAAGUAAAUAGUAUUUAUGUUGAUUAAAACGUUAAGUUAACUUACCGACAUCUGAUGACAAAUAUAUAUGUACAUCAUAAUGCUUUCAUUAAAAUCUUUGUCACAUA